AUGAAGAGAGAUCAGCAAUGGUUUAGUACUUAUGAAGAAAAUGAGCAAAGAUGGCCAAUUGAUAAGAAUAAGCACAUGUCAUCACCCGUCGCUUUCUCUUCCGAUGAUCAGUUUCAUAAUCCAAUUGGAAAUCGGCUCCUCUUUCCAUCAGAAGAGAUACUAUUUCUGGGAAUCAAUUGCUUUGCUUUUCUGGAGAUUACAACAAAUUCCCAUUUGACCAUGCUCCUCAUAAAAAUCAAAUUAAAAUUAUAUGCGGCCAAUAAUUGGAUUCAAAAGCCAACCGGUAUUCCCGAUGAAAGGAUGUCAACGUGGGCUAAAUAUCACGCCGACAUAACACAGCAAAAAGUACUCGAUUUCGCUCAAGAGAUCAAAUCUCACGGCUUUUCUAACAGUCAAAUAGAAAUCGACGACAAAUGGGAAGCAAAAUACGGAGACUUUUCUUUUGAUACAAAAAAGUUUCCAAAUCCUCGAGAAAUGUUUCCAAAUCCUCGAGAAAUGGUUACAAAACUUAAAGAUAAUGGAUAUCGAGUGACACUUUGGGUCUAUCCCUUCAUUAAUGCCGAUUGCGAUGUAUUUAACAAAGAAAAUAAUGGAUAUCGAGUGACACUUUGGGUCUAUCCCUUCAUUAAUGCCGAUUGCGAUGUAUUUAACAAAGAAAGUCAAUAUUUGAUUAAAACCCAAAAUAACUCAAUAGCUGUGAAGGACUGGUGGAAUGGAAAGGGAGGACACAUCGACUUCACCAAUAAGAAGGCUCAGCAAUGGUUUGUCUCACGUGUGCAAAACAUUAGGGACACAACAGGAAUCGAUUCAUUUAAGUUUGACGCGGGAGAGUGGGGUUGGAUUAGUCGGGACUUUAAACUCGAUGACCCAUCCAUUCAACAAACGCCACUCACAUUAACUCAAUUAUAUGUCGAAACUGCCGCUCAAUUGGGAAAUAUGAUCGAAACGAGAGCCGCUUAUAAUUCCCAACAUUUGCCAAUAUUUGUGAGAAUGUUAGAUAAGCUGUCAGUUUGGGAUUAUAACGGUGGACUUAAAACAUUAAUCCCAACGGCACUUAUGAUGUCAAUCGGCGGCUAUAGCUUUGUGUUGCCGGAUAUGAUCGGUGGUAACGCUUACGGGAAUUUCCCGUCAAAGGAGUUGUAUAUCCGAUGGCUUCAA